AUCUCGAUACCGUAAAUUUGCUCCAAUGCUCUCGGCCUCCGUCGCCCUCUCCGCCGGCUCUGCCGCGAUCACCGCGCCCGUCGCCGCCCCGGGGCGCGGCGCCGUCCGUGCCGCUGCGCCUGCGCUCAUGGACAAGUCUGGCCUCGAGGGCUUUGCUAAGGAGCUCAACCCCGUCGUCGGCUACUGGGACCCGCUCAACCUCUCUAACGGCGAGUUCUGGGGCGACUCGAACUCAGCGACGAUCGGCUUCCUGCGCGAGUCGGAGAUCAAGCACGGCCGCGUCGCGAUGGCCGGCUUUGUGGGCUACAUCGUGCAUGCCAACGACAUUCGCUUCCCGUGGGACAAGGUUGCGAUGGCGGCGCCAAAGGGGCUCUCCCCGCAGGAGCUGUGGGACGUGACGCCGGAGGCGGCGAAAUGGCAGAUCAUCCUGACCAUCGCCUUCCUCGAGUUCUGGCGCGAGAACUCGUACAUCCUGAGCAAGGAGGGCGAGCAGCACUACAUGCGCGGCGGCAAGCCCGGCUACUUCCCCACCUUUUCCGAGCUGCCCCACCCGGUCCCCUUCAACCUCUUCGACCCCUUCGGCUUCAGCAAGAACGCCUCUCCCGAGAAGAAGGCCAAGGGCCUGCUCGCAGAGGUCAACAACGGGCGCCUUGCGAUGAUUGGCCUGAUGGGCUUCCUGUCCGAGGCCAAGGUGCCGGGCUCGGUGCCUGCUCUGGCCAACGUCGGCAUCCGGCCGUACGCGGGCGAGGUGAUGGCGCCGUUCGACGCCAACUUCCACCUCUUUUAGAGCGGACCCAGGUCAGCGGGGAGGGCGUGGCUCGCUGGGGCGGCGGCUCGCGCUGACCGCGCGCGCCCCUGCGCUGCCCCCCCCCUUUGUUGAUGACACCGGCGCGUAUCCUCUCUCUUGUGUGCAGUCUUGGCGCAUGUACCGAUCGCCGCUACGCGCGCGCUCGCGGGCGGGACGCCGUUGUACUCAACCUUGCUAGAGCAUCUCGCCACCUCUCCUGUGUCUCUCACUCCGCUCUCCACACACGACACACGCAGGCACAAAAAAUCGAGAGUCCCACACGCUCAAAACGUACGUACGCUAAU